AGGCCACUGUAUGAGGCCGAGCAUUUGAAGUUACGCUUACAACAAAUCCAACCAGCAAUUAGACUACUUUCAGCCCGUUUUUAUCUUGAAAUUAAUCUGGCUCCUGCCGAAACGUUCAUACCGCAUCGUUCGCGAACACGCUCAAAGCAAUACGAUAUCGGCUCAACUGCGCAGAAGGCUUGAUGUUACCUCGACGACCGAGAGUUGACUGGUGUUGAAAACUUCAAUUCACCUCUUGGUCGUUUCCAUGUUUACUGGUUUCAUUCACCUCAGGGAUGAAGUAAACAGGACUGAGUUAGUUAAUUUCUUACUUUUUACAUUUUACAUUCUCAGGUGAACCUUACUCAACCUGACGUUGGAAAAAAAUUAUCGCGUGACGAUCAAAUGGUGAACACGCUCGGCAUGAGGGUAAAAUUUCCGGUUAGGGUUUGUGACGUCAGAAGUCCUUUGAGCACCAAACAAAAGGACUAUAUUUGUUUGUCAUCACUAUGGUUGUUGUUUUUCCCAUAAAGGUCAAUUAGUUAACGCCCAAAACGUGACUUUUAUGCUACUCGCCGGGGACAACACCGACGAGCAAAGUUGGCCGCAAUGUGCCGCGAAGAGUUUCAUUUGUCCCAGGCCAGUUUGCAGCAUUCUGACGCUAAAGAUUUCGUUCGAUCGCCGUGGUUUCCAGCCGUUGUAGUGACAAUAUAUCGGUUUAUUAUCGCUGGGUAUUGCUUGGGUUGGAUCAUAUACAGUGGUUUCCAUCCGGCCAAUGGUGAUGAGAAAUGGUUCAUCUACUUGACCAAUUGGGGCUUCACCUUCGUCACGCUGUACUACAUCUGGGCUACAGUGGUCAGCCUUCUCCAUCAUUGCGGUGCGACAAACACCGUGGCUGGCAUGCAAAUGAAGGCUACCGGAAACCGAGACAUUGACGCAGAGGGCGGAGGGGGCUUGGGUGCCAACGACUUUGAGGAACCACCAGUGAGCAUGUCUUGGUAUCACAAGGGCUUAUGGGUAAUCUUUAACAUGGCCGCUAAUUCCUCCAUUUUGAUUACUCUCUUGUACUGGACACUGAUUUUUGGCGGGAAAACAAGCGGUCUGGAUGUGACAACCCAUUUGCUGAACUGUGUUUUCAUGAUAGGAGACCUGAUGCUCAGCACAACGCCUGUGAGAAUUCUCCAUGUUCUUUACGCUUUAAUACUUGGUGUCUGUUACAUAUUGUUGACCGUGAUCUUUUGGGCAGCGGAUGGCACCAAUGCUCGCGGUGAACCUUACAUUUACUCAUACGUAGAUUACAAUGAAACCCCGGGUUUCUCAAGCGGUCUUAUAAUUGGGUUUGUAUUUGUGGGUCAGCCUCUCUCUCAAGCCGUUCUGUUUGGUCUUUAUAAACUACGGUGUUUCCUGGCCGAAAAAUGUGGCAAGGACAUAUGACUUACACAAACAUAGUAGGGAGUAUAGAAAACCAGGGCGUCAACGGCGACCUAGCGCCAGACAGAAGGUUUAAUGAGGAGAACAAUGGCUGUUCACGUGCGUUAUAAUUCAUGAUACAUUUCUUUGCCGUCCUCUGC